ACGAUCGGAAGGAAGGAGCCAAACACGUGCGACAUUUGAGGCAGGGUGGAGCCUUCAGCUGGGCACGUCAUCGCUCCAAAGCCCAGGGUCUCGCUGUCGCGAUUACGGAAAGUUUGCAGCGAGCAGUUAACAGAAGCCCAACCAACACCUGCACCAGAAAAGAACCUUCUGAGAACCUACCACUGUCAAUCACUCCAAGGAACACUCUGAGCAUCACUUGCGACCACAACGACACCCGACACACGACAUAAUGAGGGCCUACUGGUACGAUAACCUUCCCGGCGACCAACGCGAACCCCACGACAGCGGCCGCGAAGUCGACCCCGCCUACCUCGCCAAACUCGGCAUCCUCCACUACGAACUCCCCAACAACCUCGCCGAAGUAAACCGCAUAGCCAGCACGCGCCAAUACAAAAACCGCGACGAAAUUGAAAUCUCCCCCACCCUCCUCCCCAACUACGAAGAAAAAGUGAAAAAUUUCUUCCACGAACAUCUCCACGAAGAUGAAGAAAUUCGCUACAUCCUCGAUGGCGGAGGUUACUUCGAUGUCCGCGAUAAAGAGGACGAGUGGGUGAGGAUUAAAUUGGAAAAGGGAGAUUUGAUGAUUAUGCCCGCGGGGAUUUAUCAUCGGUUUACGACGGAUGAGAAGAAUUAUACCAAGGCGAUGAGGUUGUUUAAGGAGGAUCCGAAGUGGACGCCUCUUAAUCGGGGGGAGGAGACGGAUGCGAAUGGGUAUAGGAAGGAGUAUUUGAAGAUGAGGGAGUCGAUUUCUGCGUAGGCGAUGGAGGAGAUGUUAUGAAUAGGGAAGGAGUGCGUGUGCAGACACAUGUCAGAUACGAUCGGAGAACGAAGUUCAUGAAUUCGUAAAUUGC